CUUCCCUCGACAAACAAGAGAAAGAGAGUAAUUCAUAUUUCUAGCUUCCUCUUCGCCUUUCUCAUUCCACAUCACCCACAUCCACACACUCACACAAACGUUCUCUUUCUCUCUCUUCUCGCCCUCUUUUUAUCCUACAGUUUUUCUCCGAAAUUCAUUAUAAACACAACCCCAUUUUCGUCAUCCAUCACAUCAGUUGAAAGUACAACAACAUCCUCUUUUUCCUCUGAUCUGCCGCCUCCUCGACAACCACUCUCAGUGUCUGACCAUUUGAAAAGAAAUAAUAAUAUUGCUUACUGCCAUAUACUGAAGGCAAUGUCAUUCACCUUCUUGGCACCAAAUAGCGCUGUUCGCCCUUUGAACAGGCCACAGCGAGCCCGAAAGAGCAGACUGUUCCGUGAGGAACCCAUCUUAUCAGACGAGACCUCUGAAGAAUGCAACGUUCGCCUCGCCACCAAGCGCAAUACUACCAUAAAUGAAAACUACCUUAGAGCUUCCGCGAAACACUAUUGGGAGCUAGAGCAUCGGUCCGCUCAAAAUACCGCAAGUCUUGACAGCAAUAGCAACUUUUCUGUCGAAAGUAUGGACGACAACAGUAACGAUGGAGAUGGCUCUGACAGUGACAUGGACGACCAUAUAGAAGAGGAGGAUGAGCACGCUCAGGAUGGUAGAGAUAUCCAUGACGUCCUCGACCUUAACGCAACAUCAUCCAAUAGUCUAUCCUCUGUCUUCUCAGUUACCACCCUGGGCUCUCCUCCUACGCUUGCUGUGCAAGGCCGUAAGAAGGCAAAACGAGUUCGAGUGGACGCACACGCCACCGUUCAUGAGAGGAAAGUGCGCUUUGACGAAACCAAAAAUACGGAACAUCCACAUUUUAGCCUUGAUGAACGCUUUGACCAGUCCACGAGUCCUAUUGUCCUAUCGCCGAUUCUAUCACCCACAAACCCUCUUUUCUCCACACUAUCUCAACCGCCACUAUCCAGUUCCUUUGGCCCCCAGAUACAUGAUCAAGGUGAAGACAAUGACGAUGACAACUCGCAAGACACAACCUUGUUCUGUGCUUCGCAGCAGUUUCAGGAUGUUGCAUCCAGUCUGGAUCGUCUCAUGGGCAAUGGUUCUCCCAACAGCUCGAUUCUAAGCCCACCUUUUACUUUCAGCAGCCCUACCAGCAGCCCCAUCCGUAGUCCUACAUGGAGUCCCUCUAAUUCUCCCUCCCUCGGCUCCCCUUUUACUUUCCAAGACGCACCCCCCUCACCAGUCCGCCCUGCUUUCCUAUCUGCUCGGUAUUCGCCUCCUUCCUCUUCGUCCUUAUCCUCUUCAUGGUCGCCUUCAUUCGACUCCAAUAGUGCCCAAGGUGACAGUGACAAUAAUGCCUUUGAAACUGCCCAAGUUCCUUCCCCAAGGCGACCCUCACCCAAGCGAACCUCCUUUUCUCCCAGACGUCCUCGCAUCACAUCCCUGGGACAGCACCAGUUUUCUCCUUCCUCAGUCUCUGGGUCUCCUCGACCUCGUUUCCCCUGCAUGCUCAAGAGAGAAAACUCGAGCAUGGCGCUCCUAGACAAUGAACAUGGGAAUCUUACGCCCGAGAGACCUGCUUUACGCAAGAGAGAGCUCUCCAGCCUUUUUCUGUCACUCACAGACCACCAACAGGAACAAGUUUCUUCUUCGACUUUGAAUCUGAUCACACCUCCUAAUGAACAGUCUGUAAGCUCCGUCUUUGGCGUCGAAACUGCUGUGAAUCCCGAUACAGUUCAAUUCAACACUGCAAUUGCCACCAUUCUCAAUCCGAAUAUGCCACCGACAUUGAAGAAGUCGUCCUCUGAAAAUCUGAAUUCUAGUAAUGCGUUCUGGUUUGAUACACCAUCCAAGACAUCUCAACUCAAAAGAUUUUCAUCAUUUGAUUUAAAUCGUGCUUCAUCAUCUGAGCCCUUAUCAUUCAAGAUGCCAGGAACACUCUCUCCUCCUGCAUCGCAGUUCUGAUGUUUCAGUCGGAACUUUUUUUUUUUGUUUUGUUUUUGCUCUCUUUUGAUCUACAAAUCUUUAUCAUUAUCAGUUAUCACUUGUACUUUCUUUGUGACAAUUUGUACAUUACAUUUUUUUUCAAAUUCCUCAAUUGUAUUUCUCCCUCACCUCACCUCACUUCUCAACCCUGCUGUAAAAUGUAUAAACUACAAAAAAAAAAAAAAAAGAAAAGAAAAAAAAGGAAAAAGCACUAAUAGAUUUAUAUACCCUUAUUUUAAACAUUCCAG